AUGACGCCGUCUAUCCGCCUAGAUAUCGUGCGUGAGUGGUGCAUGUCCGAGCCGGCAACACAUGUACAGGGUACAAGGGACAUGGCAGAUUUGCAAAUUCGCAUGGAAGUCUGUUCCUGGAUUGCCAUGGAUAUUGCCAUAGUUGAGAGGUACUGA